UUCACGGGCUUCGGCCCUAGGUGGGGGUUUUCCCCGGUUCGGAAGGCGAGUGUAUCCCGAUGUGGUGAAUUUCGCCAGUAACCCAUUUGGAGGAUUCGUUGGCCGUUCAAAAAAAAAGGUAUCUUUAAAGUCAGAGACGAGGGCUCUGGUAUUGAAGAAAUCAGUUCCCCUGCGACGAUUAUUAUGGAUAAAUAAUCAGUCAAGAGGGAGCCAAGGGGGUUUGGAUUUGUGCUCUUCUUUUGGUAAGGCUGAAAUGUUGUGGAAAUCAAAUGGCAGAAUCACAUACCCCAUGUUGGGGAUUUUAACGAGAGUACAUAUUAUAUGGAGGGCAAUACGGGGCACCCUGUGUUUGAGACUGCGUACGGAAAGAUCGGUGUCAACAUAUGCUACAGAAGGCACCAUCCGUUAAACUGGUUAGCCUUCGGGUUAAACGGUGCCAAAAUUGUCUUUAAUCCGUCUGCCACUGUUGGUGAACUCAAUGAGCCAAUGUGGCCCAUCGAGGCACGAAAUGCUGCAAUAGCAAAUAGUUACUUUGUGGGGUCCAUCAACCGGGUGGGGACAGAGGUGUUCCCGAAUCUGUUCACAUCAGGCGAUGGAAAGCCGCAACAUGCAGACUUUGGUCAUUUCUACGGUUCAAGUCAUGUUUCAGUGCCGCCAUCACUUUAAAGGAACAAACACGGGUUGUUGAUAUCAGACCUGGAUCUUAACCUCUGCAGACAGCUAAAGGACAAAUGGGGGUUUCGUAUGACGGCUAGAUACGAGUUGUAUGCUGACAUGCUUUCUCGAUAUAUGAAGCUUGAUUUCGAGCCCAGGUGGUUUCUGAUCCUUUGUUGCCUAAAAAUCAUUUGUAAAAAAUACUUCUAUUCCUAUCAUGGUUUAUGUCUAUUUAUGCUUACUCAAGUAGUUUAAGAUUGAAAUGGAAGACUUGGCGAUCAUGAGUUUAAAUGCUAUAAAAAGCUUGUUUCUCGUGUAUAUUUUCUGGUUUUAUUAUUAUUGAUGUAUUAUGGAUGCUAAGUUGCUAUAUGAAAAAAAAAAUUUCCUU